AUGAUGAUAAAUUUAGAGAAAGUCACCCUUGUUGAGAAGAUUAUCGACAAUCAUACUGUCCAUGACCGACACGGCAGCCGCUCGAAGAUGUACGCCCGCACGCUGCUGGCAGUGUGCGCAGCAGCGGCUGUGGCCACCGGCUGCGCUGCGGCCGCCGCCCCCGCCGCCGCCCCCGCCGCCGCCGCCGCCGCCCCCGCAGCGUGGCACGCUCCGCCCCCUCACGAGGAGCGCGCCGCUCCCUUCGUGACGGGCAGCCGCGGCGGCUACGGCUACGGCGGAGACUCGAGCCGCGACGCGCGCCGCAGAUCCGCCCCCCGCCGACUCGUCUACUACGCGGACCUACCCGACGUGCCGGCGACGCCGUACCCGCGCCUCGGCCGGCAGGAGGCGGGCGGCCGCGGUUUCGGCGACGGCCGCGGGCAGCGCUGGGAGCGGCCGCUCAGCUACUCCAUCGUGGACGCCGACACCCAGCCCGAGGCCGACCGCCGGCGCGAGUUUCCACCGUCGCCGCCAGAGGCGCGCUACGGCCGCCUGCCCGCGCCCCCGCCGCCCCCCUACUACCAGCAGAGGCCGGGGCCGGACUACUACUCCUACUCGAGCAGGCCAGACGUGGACUACUCCGGCAGGAGGCCCGACCUGGACUACUCCGCCAGGCGGCCCGACCUCGACUACUCUGCCAGGAGGCCGGAGCUAGACUACUCCGCCAGGAGGCCAGAGCUAGACUACUCUGCCAGGAGGCCGGAGUUGGCCUACUCUGGGAGGCCAGAGACGGAGGGUCGGCGGACGCUGCCUCUGUCACCCGUACCGGACCACAGACGCCCCGGCGCCCCCUACCGUGGUCCACAGGGGCAGGUGGCGGUGCCGGCGCCGCUGCUGCCCGACGAGGCGGAGCCGUACCGCGGCUACAACCCGCGCCAGCCGGCGCCCUGGUCCAUGCAGAUCGGCGCGCGGCUCACCGUCAAGGACGACGGCCGGCGGCUGCCCUUCGGCAGCGGCGGCGGCGGUGGCGGCAACGGCGGCGGCCCGGGGCGGCGCUUCUACGUCAACAGCCAGGCGCCCGGCCCGCACUACGCCGUGCCACUGCGCUACUCCUGAGCUCCCGUGCUACUCCUGAGUCCCUCCGCUACUCCUGAGCUCCUGUGCUACUCUUGAGUCCCAGUGUUACUCCUCAGUCCCUCCGCUACACCUGAGCCCCUGCACUACUCCUGAGCUCCUGCGCUACUCCUGAGCUCCCGUGCUACUCCUGAGUCCCUCCGCUACUCCUGAGCUCCUGUGCUACUCUUGAGCCCCAGUGUUACUCCUCAGUCCCUCCGCUACACCUGAGCCCCUGCACUACUCCUGAGCUCCUGCGCUACUCCUGAGCUCCCGUGCUACUCCUAUCCCUCCGCUACACCUGAGCCCCUGUGCUACUCCUGAGCCCCUGCGCUACUCUGGAGCCCCAGUGCUACUCCUGAGCCACCCCCCUGCCAUGCCGCCACACACAGUCAGCCGCAGCCACACAGUGUGCAAAACGUCCUCUACAGUUACAGGGACAACAGACUGGAAAAUAUGCUGGACUCUACAAUAUUACAUUACGAGCCACCCUUGCAAACAUUCCUUCUUUUCGAGUGUCAAUUUUUGCUUCAUCACAUUUUUUUUAUUUUAUUUUUUAUUUUAUUUGUUUUAAGUCAGUAAGCAGUGUAGGCACUGCAAAGUCAUCAACAACGGACAGGUGACAAAAUCGAAAAGAGUGCACAUCCAUUACUGCUAUGGUGUUCAGGAACAGGAGCACAGUUACACCUUUAAGGCUAUGCAGAGCAGUCUGGAAGGGCAUCUUAAAAGCUAUGCGAUAUGUUACUCAUCUUUGAUACUACAUACCCAUCUGUACCAGAAACAUAAAGUCAGGCUUCCGUCGUGCUCCGAUAGUGGACACCACCGAGCUCCAGCAGACACUCCUGUCAACUGAAACAAAUGUGUAGCCAAACCAUCAUAUGAGCCAUUGAUAUCCUACCGAAAGACUCGUACCCGACUGGGAGCCCCGUGACAUUAUUAUCAUCAUUCUUGGACGGCAACCGACGCCACAACUGACUGCUGUCAUUUCCAAUAGUUGCAAAGAAAGCAGUAUUUUCGAAAUUUUUACAAUGUGGGAUACAUACAUUUAACAACAUUACAUAUUCACUGUCUGUAUGUGGCCCUAGCAUUGUCUUUGUCAUUGAAAAAUAAUUCUGAAUUAAAUUUUGUGACUGAUGUGAUACAAAAAUUUCGAGUAACAUUUAAAUGUUAAUUCAGUGAACAGCGAUGUCUUACUGUACUUUAAACCUAAUGUCUAAUACAUCGUACAACUACAAGCGUUGUUUAACAUGUGGCAGAAAGGUCUCAACUUCUCUUUCAUAGAACAUGUGGGGCAAAGUGGCAAGAGAAAAAAAAUCACACUUUAUUAGCUGCUUAUUUAUUUAUUUGUCAGUUCGUGUCUUUGGCUUGUCACAAGUAUAAAUUUAGCGAACAUAAAAAAAUCCAUCUCUUGUGUAACAGCCGAAGGCUGGAGUACACAUGUGUCAGAGGCUACAGGUUUGUGAUGUGAGCAGUCUCUGCAACAGUUAGUUUUCUACUGGCUAAUAGUGUUGAAAAAUGUGCACAAAACACAGCCUCCUAUUCAAAAGACAAUCUUUUAUGUAGGUGAGGUCACCAAUAUUCACUCUUCAAGAAUAUCGAAAUCUUUGCUAUUAGAAAGAUAGAUUACUUGGGAAUUUAUCUACGCCCGCAGUGAGAUGCAUGCCAGAUGAUUCAGGGGAGUGAGACUAUUCCCUUCUCUCAUGUGAGUGUAUUGUAACGUUCAAAUCUAGCAAUGUUUAAGUUAAAUGUCUAUUAUUUAAAUCAAAUUUGGUUUUCAUGUACUUUUGUUGUAGGUACAAUAAUUCUGCCAUGUUUUUUCAGAAUAUUGUGUUUGACAACUUAAACAUGUUUUUAUUAUGACUUAAUAAACAGUAUUUAUCUAAAUUGAGAUAAAUAAAUGAUAAAAUUCAAUUCACUCUA